GAGAUAAUAGUGGAUUCCGUUGUGGCGCGAAUCUUCAAUAAUGAAAAGCUGACGUUAAAAUUUAUGUUUUUAGUAAAACAAAUUUUGUAUGUACUGGUAGUGAGUAAGCUUGAUGAUUGAUACAUAUACAUGCAGAUGUCAGCAGUAUGUCUGACAGAAAUGAAACAUUUUCAAUGACACCACCUAUGUCACCAAUGACAUAUAUUGAGGAGCUUCUACCAGAACAACCAUUAAAUAUAUCUUCAAAUAGCAAAGAUGAAGUUUACACUGGUGACAAAUUAACACAAGUAUGUUUUAUUUGUGCUGGAGAAGUCAGCCCAGGAAAAUUGGCUUUCCAUUCAGAUAGUUGUUUGAAAUCUGGUGUUCUUUCAAGAUUAUUAUGUGAUGAAAUGAUUAAUAGUUGUAGUAUUUGGAGUACAUCUGUUGUAGAACUAUUUGGUUAUCAGUUCAUAACACAAAUAGCUUUACAAGAAAAUAUACAGCAGUUAUUUAUGUUGGCUAAAGUAUGUGUAAACAGUAUUUUGGGUGGUACCAUGGGUCAUAUGUUUAAACAACAAGGAAAGAAUAUACAGUUCUUUGAAGACAGAAAGAAUCUAAAACUUUUUCUUGAAUAUGUUGUUAUGUUUGUUGGAAGAUGGUUACCUGUAGAUAUUAAACAGAAACAUGAAUUAUUAGAUAAUAUUGUUGUUAAUCUACAUGGGUUGUUAUUAUAUGUUGGUAGAAUAUCAGAUCUUCAAGUCAGUUUGGUAUUAAGCAUGGCAGAAUCAGGAUUUAUGUCUAGCUACCCGUUAACUCAUCAGUAUCAUGUUUAUCUAGAUGUAUAUUGGUCUUUAAUAGAAAUAAUCUAUACUAUAGAACUACAAAAUCCAGAUUAUAACACAAAACUACAUAUAAUACCAGUAGAAGACAAUGAUAAUAAUAUGACAUUAUUAGAUCAACUUAUACAUAUUAUAUUAUCUGAUCUAGUUAAUCUAGCUGUUUAUAGAAAAGACAAGAUGUGUGAAAGUCGUUCUAAUGAUGUCAGUGUAUUUACUUGUACAUGUUGUGUUGAAUUAUGGGUAAUGAUAAUACAUACUGUGCAAUAUAUGCACAAUAAGAAAAAUGGUGAGUCCUUGAUGGUGAGAUUACAUAGAAUAUUACAGAAUAUAGAAGAUCAAUCAGUUAAUACAGAAGAAGAUAUGGAAAUAGACAGUACACUAUUUUAUCAUGCCAUUGAAAAACCUAAAAACGGCCUCAAUUUCAAUUUGUGGUUGACAGUGAAUGUCGCUAGACUGUUUUCUGUAGAUGUAUCUGGCAAUAUAAAAAAAGUUGAGAAGAAUGAUAACAACUAUUAUAUGAUAGAGAGUAUAUUAAAACGGACCUUAACUCAGGAAAAUUUGUCAGAAAUUGAUUUAAGAUAUCAACUGCGUCUGUGUUUGUCCGUCUGUCAGAUAUGGGAACCAACAACCAGUCUAAUUGUUAUAUUAUGGGAUUAUUUCUUUAGAAGACUGAAUUGUAAUUUUAUGUUACCAGCAUCAGGUGUAAGAGCUUUAGCUACUGUCAGUUUAACACCACUGUCACUACUAGAAAAAUGUCGUAAAAGUAACCACCAAGAUGUAGUUGAGCAGGAUACAAGUUUUGGUCUCUUUCUGAGAAUUCUCUCUUAUAAUCUGUCUAGAUUUGUUCAAGCGGGCUCUAUGCAGGAAUGGCGACAAAUGAAGGGAAGAUUUUAUUCUAAAUUUCAUCAACGUCGUCUUCAAGAAUUAUCUGAAGUAGGAUUAGAGAAUUUUACGACUUUAUUUCUAACAUUAGCUGUUACAGUAGAAUUAGAAGAUGUGGCUGGUAAAUUGAUAGAUUUCUACAAUAUGUUAGAUUUUACUAAUCUAAAUCUAGCUAAAAGAGCUGUAGUGUUAAGAGGAAGUUUGGCUUUAAUACAUAUCUAUAUAGAAAAUAGAAUGGAUACCACCUUUAUUUCAGAAAAACUGGUUGAUUAUUUUAAUAUACUAUGCAGAGAAAUGGAGGAUGUUGGAGAUCCUCAUAAACAUCAUGGUAUAUGGAAGCUGUUCUGUUUAUAUAUAGAUAGUGUACAAGAUAUACUAGAAUCUAGUCCAACAUUAACUUGCUCAGAGCAUAAAUUAUUAGGUAACGGAUUAAGCAGUGUAUGGAGAAUACUAGGAGAAAGUGAAUUAAGACAUUGUAUUAGUGUAUUUAUAAGUAUUAUUACUAGAUUGAGAGCUAUUAUAUCAUCAAGUCAGGAAAUUGAGACUUCUUUACAAAAAUGGAGAGUAAAUCCACAGCAUGAAGUAUUAGGACUGUAUUUAUGGCAAACAGUUUAUCCAUUUAUAAAGGAGCAUGCAUGUACCCAGACACCACCUCCCGUAUUAGCUGAUUUAGCUGCUUCCUUCACUCUUCUAUCUAAACAAAUUCCACCAUCUGUGAUAGUGAAAGAUAAAUUUGUCAGCCAUGUUGAAUAUUUUGGUUUGUCAGAGAAUGUACAUGUCAGCAUUAGUUGUCGUUAUUUAUCUCAAGUAUUAACAGAGACUGGAGCUAUAGAAUGUAUUUUAUCUGUUUGUCAACAAUCAACAUUAAUACAAGCCUGGUUUAGAUGUGUUUUAUUAACAUCUCCAUCAUCAACAGAGCUACAUACUAUUAACAGAGUGAUAUUAGAGUUAAGUGAUGUUAAAGAGCUUUUAUCCAAGGCAGCUCUUACAGCACCAGUUGAUGUUAUGCCUAAAGUAUUUAUUAAAUCAUUGGGGCAGUUACAUCAAAAUGCUGCGAAUUUAAAAGAAAAGAUGUUAUUACGAGAAAAAGUAAUGGUUUUUUUUUCUCUGGUACCACAACAAAUAGCUCCUGUGUUAAAACUGAUGGCACCACAAGAUACACUUAAAACACUGUUUACAACUGUAGGAUAUUUAGUUAAACAUUGUUCACCAUUAUUAUUGGUUCAGUCUAAUCCUAACUGUCCACUACCAGCAAUAUUAAGUGCUAUGGUGACUCCACAUUUUCUCUUUAAUACAGAUAAACCUAUUAACUCAGCUUUCUUAGCUGUUAUUAGAGAUUCUUUACAUAUGUAUAUUCAAGGAUUAAGUAAACUGGAUUUUAGAAGAGCAGCAUAUGUAGAGAGAAGAUUGAAAGAUAUAGUUUCAAUAUAUUUACAGAAAUUUCCUAUUAAAUCCAGUUUUGCAAUGAAUGAAUCAACAGCCAUUCAUCCUCUUAUAAGUUGUUUAAAUGAAUCUUACGUGAAGACACCAUCACUAACAUCAGUCAACUUUAGACAUUUUAUACUAGAAAUAAUACAUGAGAAAUACCUUCGCUUGAAGAACAUGUCUGUACCUCCAUUAUCUAAUCUGGGUUUAUCUUUUGUGACAGAAGUUCUUCAAAGAACAUCAAGUGGCGAAGUCAUAGCCAGGGAUAAUAAAGUACUGUUGAUGACGAUAUUAGAAUAUGUUCUUUUCUCUACAUCACCAGCAAUGAAACAGCAUUCUGGUAAAAUUAUGCAGUUUCUUAUAGAAGCCUGUGUUAGAAAUACAUCAACAUUUCCUAUUGAUGAGUUAGCUGGUAUAAUAAAGAGAUUUAUCAACUUGUAUAGUAAGAUGUAUUAUGAUGGUGUAUUUAAUGUAUUAGAGUCUAUAAGUAUAUUAUAUAAACAUCUUAUUAUAUCUAUAAUACCUGAUUGUACAACAUUAGUAAUAGAUCUAGAGAUAAAACGUGGUGUAGGUAUUGAUAGUAAAUUAAGGAAAGUAUAUUAUAAUCUGUUGACUAAUCUGGGUGAAGAUGGGCAAAGAGAAAUAGACAGAUUACAGACUAAUGUUAGUUGAUAUAUUAUAUCCAUUGUGAAAUGUAGACAGAAUUUAAAAUUACUGUGUGUAGAAUAUAGACAGGAUUUAAAAUGACUGGUAUAAUGUAGACAUAAUUCAAAAUGAUUAUAGAGUGCAGACAGAAUUCAAAAUGGUUGUGUAGAAUAUAGACAGAUUUCAAUAUGACUAUGUAGAAUGUAGACAGAAAUCAAAACGACUGAUAAAAUGUAGACAGAAUUCAAAAUGACUGUGUAGAAUGCAGACAGAAAUCAAAAUGACUGGUAGAAUGUAGACAGAAUGAAUGUGUAGAAUACAGAUCGAGUUGAAUGACUGUGCAGAAUGUGGACAGAAUUCAACAUAUGACACAUUCUCAGUAACAUGACAGGUUAGAUAACAAAUCCUAUUACAAGAAGGUGAUAAAAAUCAAAGAGCUGACUGCAAUAAGGGUAGAACUGGUAUUGGGGAUGAUUAUGGACCUUACAAAAUGUAGUAAAACACUGAUAACUGAUUGUAGCAGGAUUUAUUGAAAAAAUAAUUCAUGUGAACAAAAUUAUGUGGAAUGAAUCUUAUUUUUAGACUACUAAUAAUGAAGAAGUUUGUAGUGGAUUGAACUGUAUGAUUGUGCCGGAGGAUGUGAACUCUGUGUGUGUUCAAUCAAUUGGUUACCUAUUAUAGACAUUACUGCAGGCGUGUCAAUAACAAUGAUGUGAUCAUAUAGUUGACUUGUUAUAUAUCUAGUCCUCUUAUAAACCAAAUUCAACAUUCAAACCUUCCACUAUUUACUCUGGAUCCAGACCAAUUUGAACAUUUCAUGAUUCCAUCACCUUUUCCCCCCCAAGAAAAGAUUUUUUCAGAAGGCUAUAGACAGUAUUAAUCAAUAUAUAUGUUAUCUUCAUGUGACUUGGUGUAUGAAAUCUUUAUUAUAUCACUUGCUUCUUAUUACUGUUAAGCUUUCCACUAUACAUCAUCAGGUUUUCUAUAUACUGUAGAAAAUAUAUUGUUC